GGGAGCUGCGCCGUUAUGUCGCCUGGCUGCGUGUGUGUCGUAACACUUUGUUCUAGUCAUUAAAUCGGAUUUAGACCGUCGCGGGGGACUCGUCGUUUUCAAGCAGGCAGGUAGAGGAUGUGUUUGGGCUUCCGUUCGCUGGUAGUUUUUCGAAGUUAAAAGCCAUUUUUCGCGAAGAGAGGAGGAGGACUCUCUGGAACCGCUUGCGGGAGCAUAGCAUACUCCCUCGCUUUCAGGUCUGGGUAGGCACGCUCAACGUCACGACUGCGGGCCGUUCACUGAUGGGUACGCGCCACGCGGCGACUCAUGAGGAGCACAGCAGAGCGGCGACGUCAGACCGGAUCUGUGAGAGAAUGAAGACGAGCUAGACGACCCCCGUCUCCGUUCAGUCUUCGGUAGCCAAAAAGUCACAAAAAAACACAAAAAAACCCAACAAUAAAUCGACCCCCAUUCAACAUGAGCGUGGAAGGAUACCAGUACAGAGCGCUGUACGAGUACAAGAAAGAGCGGGAGGAGGAUAUCGACCUGCAUGUGGGGGACAUCCUUCUUGUGAGCAAGGGCGCCCUGGUCGCCCUCGGUUACAGCGACGGCUUGGAGCAGCAGCCGCAGAAGAUCGGCUGGCUGCCGGGCUUCAACGAAACCACGCAGGAGAAGGGCGACUUCCCCGGGACGUACGUGGAGUACGUGGGGAAGAAGUGGAUCUCGCCACCGACGCCCAAGCCAAGGCCGCUGAGACCCUUACCUGUAGCUCCAGGUUCCUUCAAGGCAGAGGACUCCGACUCGGAUCAAGGAGUCUGUUUGGCCGACUUGACGGAGCAGUUUUUCCUCCCAGAGACCGCCCCGCCCUUGCUGACCAGACUCCUGGAAGCUAUCGAGAGGAAAGGUGUGGACAACCCAACUCUGUAUCGAACGUUCACCGCUGGAGGUGGACUCGAAGUCAGGCAGUAUUGUGAUUGUGAUCCUCCCACCGCCGAGCUGGACCAGCUGGAGCUGCCCGCCCUGUGCGACGGCCUGCGCAGAUACCUGCAGGAUCUGCCCCAGCCCAUCGUCCCGGCCGCCCUCCACGCUCAGAUGGUCCACGCCGUCAAAGAGGCAGCGAACCCCGAGGAAUGCGCCCAGUUGCUGCGCCGCAUAGCCAGCUCCCCGACCCUGCCGCCCCAGUACUGGCUCACCCUGCAGUGUCUGCUCAGGCACUUCUCUAGAGUCUGCCAGAACGCGCCCAAGAACCAGCUCAGCGCCAGAUCGUUGGGCGAGAUCUUCAGCCCCGUGUUUUUCAGACAGCAGCCCACCAGCUGCGAACCCAGUCUGGAUGCUUUCAUCAAGAUCAUUGAAGUGCUGGUGACAAGCGAGUGGAGCGAGAGCCAAGCAGCUCCAGCUCUACCUCCAAAACCACCCAAGUCCACAGCUGUGACUAACAACGGUAUGAACAACAACAUGGCUCUUCAGGACGCCGAAUGGUACUGGGGGGAUAUCUCUCGGGAGGAAGUCAAUGAGAAACUGAGGGACACUGCGGACGGUACGUUUUUGGUGCGGGACGCCUCAACUAAAAUGCACGGAGACUACACUCUGACGCUGAGGAAAGGAGGCAACAACAAGCUCAUCAAGAUUUUCCACCGCGACGGAAAGUACGGCUUCUCGGAUCCGCUGACCUUCAGCUCCGUCGUGGAACUCAUCAACCACUAUCGGAACGAGUCGCUGGCUCAGUACAACCCCAAGCUAGACGUCAAGCUGCUUUACCCGGUCUCCAAACACCAGCAGGACCAGGUGGUGAAAGAAGACAACAUCGAAGCUGUGGGGAGGAAGCUUUGUGAAUACCACCAGCAGUACCAAGAGAAGAACAAGGAGUACGACCGUCUGUAUGAGGAAUACACCAGAACGUCACAGGAAAUCCAAAUGAAACGCACAGCGAUAGAAGCCUUUAACGAAACCAUUAAGAUAUUUGAGGAGCAAUGUCAGACACAAGAGCGGUACAGCAAAGAGUACAUCGAGAAGUUCAAGAGAGAAGGCAACGACAAGGAGAUCCAAAGAAUCAUGGGUAACUACGAAAAGUUGAAAUCGAGGAUCAGCGAAAUCGUUGACAGCAAGCGCAGGCUGGAGGAAGACCUGAAGAAGCAGGCGGCGGACUACAGAGAGAUCGACAAGAGGAUGAACAGCAUCAAACCCGACCUCAUCCAGCUCCGCAAGACCAGAGACCAGUACCUUAUGUGGUUGACACAGAAAGGAGUCCGACAGAAGAAGCUCAACGAAUGGCUAGGAAUCAAGAACGAAAACACAGAAGAUCAAUACUCGAUGGUGGACGACGACGAAGACCUCCCGCAUCAUGACGAACGCAGCUGGAGACUGGGCAACAUCAACCGGCUCCAGGCCGAGGCCGUGCUCCAAGGCAAGAGAGACGGAACAUUCCUGGUUCGGGACAGCAGCAAAGCAGGGUGCUACGCCUGCAGCGUUGUCGUCGAAGGCGAGGUGAAGCACUGCGUCAUCAACAAGACGCCGUCGGGCUACGGCUUUGCCGAGCCAUACAACCUGUACGGCUCGUUGAAGGAACUCGUACUCCACUACCAGCACACGUCUUUGGUCCAGCACAACGACUCUCUGAACGUGACGCUAGCGUAUCCGGUGUAUGCCCAGCAGAGACGGUGAGGAACCCCCAAACACCGGACGUUCUGUUCCCCACAUGGACACACGGGUUUACGAACCUGGCUGGAGCCAGAGGACACGACAUCUUGGACUCCUUGAGCAAAUACGAACAAUAAACAACGGAACGGACGCGCUCCGACACUCGGACUUGGAAACCGGAGGAAAAGGACACGAUAAAGCCUGAAACAUUUCAGUGACUUUGCCGUAAAACCUGAGGCGAGUCUGAAUGUAGAACUCUUUAUUUUUCUUUUUGAUUUUGUGGGAGCACAGAACCGAGCGGAAACUGCUGAACUCUCCAAGAGGAGGACGUCUGAGGCCUUUUCCUUAUGGUGCUUGUUCGUUUUUUCGAAGCUUUACCAGCCGGAAUGUUAAACCACAAAGUCAAACCCUUGAAACGGAACCGUACUCGCCGGCUACGACUUGUUCUUGUGUUGAUUUUUUUUCCUCGCAUCAUCGACGUGCAUUUCUUUUUCUCCUCCUUCCUCUACGUGUGUGUUUGUGCGGACUGUCCACAUGACCAAAACUCAUAGAAUCGAGAGACCGUGCGACGCUGAAUGGCUGGAACACAUUAGCCUGUGUUUUUCAGCUCAGACCACGGAUCAGCUGAAAAUGUAGCAAAAUGGCACUUUUUUUUCUUUUCUUUUUUUUUUACACAUAAUUUGUUUUUUGUUUUUUAAUGGUUUCUUAAAAGAAAAACUCCUACGAACUUGUAAGAGCAGAGUGGAGACGGAAAAAAGCCUGCAGCCUUGCUGCUGUCGAGCUUUGGAGCGCAGAAGCAAACUUGAUCUUAAAGGUGUCGGAGGAGGCGGAGACUAUGAAUGGACUUACUAUUUCAUGUACAUAUGUGAAAUUGUGCAAAGUCAUGAAACAAAGUGCACCGUACCAAAAAGGAUCGGCUCCUGUUGAGUUCUCUUCUGAUCAGCUAUGCAAUUCUUUCUCCAUUUGUACUUAAGAAUUGUUUAACUGUUGCAAACCCACAACAUAAGCUUGUUUUACCGCUUGAAAAGUAUCUUUUCCUGUGUAAAAAAAAAACAAAAAAAAUAUCCAGCAGGUUAUUUUUUUUUUUGUCGUUUCAAAAAGCCAAGCUACAGUACAAAACGCUUCUGAUUUUUAAAGAAUAAUAAUAGAAACGUACACUUUAUUGUAAAUUACUUUAACAGCUGGUAUACAGAUGGAAACGAGUAUUUUAUUACCUUUUUUUUUUGUCGUUUUGCUUCAAACUAAAGCUCCUCUCAGGCAGAGCCUUUUGAGUGUUUGAGCUGCUUCGGUGAAGAGUAGAGAGCGAAGCGCGCGUUGGAGGAGCAGCCGGAGAACGGUGCUGGUUGGGAUUGUUCGAGCCCAUAUCGCCGCCCAAACAGCAGUAGAGAUUUAUUUUGUUAUAAGAUAGAUAUGUUCCCAUAUGAGAGAAUAGAAGAUCAAUUUACAUUUUACACUUUGUAUAUUUUUCUGUAUCAGAAAAUGUUUACAUGGGUGGAUCAGCUCAUUUCAGAAACUAACGUUUAUUUUUUUUUUUCUUUUCAUAUUUCAAAGUUGCGCCGCGCGGUAGUGGCGCGAUCCCGAAAUAAAACACGGCAACAGCUCAACUACAGUUUUCCCUCCUCGUUUUUUUUUUUUUUUUAUCUUUAAAGUUUAUAGAAAACGGUACACGACCAAUCGCAGCGCUCGUCGGUGUGACGCGUUUCAUGAAAUCUGAACGCACACGCACCCUGAGUCACAGCUGUCAAGUUGAAAUGUUCACAAAAAUGAGCUGGGAAACCAGAAAGCGAUUGUUUCUAUUUUCACUAUUAUGACUAUUUCUCACACACACACACACACACGCACACACAUCCAAAGCGGCACAGGCUGGGUGUAUAUUUGUUUUUCCCCCCUGAGGCAGGAAACUGUUUCUGUGAUGGUACACGCAGUUUUGACCAAACUGCUCAUCUGAAAUUUAUUGUUUUUUUUUUUUAAGCACAUUUUGGGUUUUAUGACAUUUAUAAAAGUACUAAAGACAUCUAUAAUAUGUCUAAUUGUAUUUACCUCACAACAGCUGCUGCCACAAACCUUUUAUUUCAUUAUUAUUCCCUCAGAUCACAGACAUCAUGCACCUUCUCUGACUCAGUUGUAUGAUUGAUUGAUUGAUUUUUUUCUUUUUCUCUCUCUCCUUGUUCAUCUUGUGUCCCGCACAUGAUUGGAUUGAUUUUUGCCAGUGUUCCUCGGUUUGGCUUUGAAUCUGUAUUGGGCUUUGUUUAAAAACGACAACAAAUAAAACACUUUUUUUUUUUUAAA